GCUAUUCUGUCCAUCUUUUCCAUAAUUUUGCUCGCAAGAUGGCUUUUGUCUUUUUUUCUUCUUUUCAGUUUUACUCGUGUGUGUCAUCUGCAUAACUGGGUACCUCCAUUGCAGCAUUUGUAUUUGGUUACUUGCACUGAAUUCCAUCUGGGUUCUUGCUAAAAUGCUUUCUUUCCAUCUGGGGGCCUCAAUAUUCAAGCAAAACAAAUUUCCGCGCGGGUUUAUCAGAAUGGACUCUCUCCCUGAUGCCAUUCUUCAGCAUAUAUUGUCGCACAUCAACAAUGCUAGGGAUGUGGUAGCCUGCAACUCUGUUUCUAAGAGGUGGAAAGACUCGAUGCCUUAUAUUCAUAGCCUUUACUUCCCUCGAAACUCUUUUGACAAUCAUACUGGUUCGGGAAAUCCUGACAUCAUUGUGUGGAAGAUGCUAUCAUCAAUUGUUCAACUAGAGGAGCUUGUCGUGUAUAGCCCAUUUUCUGGAGCAGGCCUUUCUUCGUGGCUUUCACUGAUAGGUCCAUCCCUCCAGCGUCUUGAGCUCCGAAUGGAUAACCUUGCCGAACUUCAGACCUGUAAUGAGAACCCCUCAAAACUGAGUUGCAUCAGUGCUGCCAUGAAUUUGGAAUCACUAAAACUUUGGGGUGUGUUAAUGACCCAAUCCCCCAAGUGGAAUGUCUUCCAAAACCUAUGGAACCUUGAAAUUGUUGGGGCGAGAAUGGAGGAUUCUGCAUUAUCGGCUGCACUUGAUGCAUGUCCUAAUCUGACCAACUUGUUGCUACUUGGUUGUGAAGGGGUUAGAUCGGUUUUAAUUGACUUGCCUCAUUUGCAGCAGUGCAAGCUGGAUUUUUAUGGCUUGGGUAACUGCUCUCUUUCUCUCACAUCCCCCAAAAUCGAAUUCCUUGAAGUUCAAGGUUGUAGUUGGAUCAGGGUUCAUGAGACAAACUACUUGAAGAAUCUUUCAAUUGCAAAUAAUGCAGGGAGAGUCUACUUGGUGGACUUUGGGAAACUUGAGGCUCUUGAGUUCUUGUCCAUCAGGGGAGUCCAGUGGUGUUGGGAUGCAGUAAGUAAUAUGCUAAAAUGGGCAAGCGAGGUGAAGCAUCUCUACAUGAAGGUCGAAUUCACUGGGGAUUUUGAGCCCCUUCAACCCUUUCCGGAGAUUGACUUGGUUGAGUUUUUUAAUAAUCACCCAAAAUUGCAAAAGUUCGAUGCCCAUGGUGCCAUGUUUGCUGCUCUCUGCCAGAAGAACAGCCUAAAACACGUGGACUCGGGAUUUGUAAUUCCAUGUCUGGAAGAGGUGGUGAUCACAGUGCGAUCACCACUAAAUGCUGAACAGAAAAUGAGCACUCUUGAGUCCUUGUUGAAGUAUGGGAAGAAUUUGAAGGCACUGGUAAUAAAGAUUUUGCAGAUGAAGAGCAGUCAUAGCAGCGCAGAUGAUUUCUUUGAUGAGAUUUGCAGGUUUAGAUACAUGAACCGCCAUAUAGUUCGAAUGGAAUGAAGUUAAUAGGGGGCCAAUUCGUCUCUAAUUAAUGCAUUUAAUCUGAAUGACUAUAAUCUUAUCCUCUGAUUACAGCUUGACUUCUGAUCUAAUUAUAACUGUGAUCAUUCUUUAAUGAUUAUAUUCAUAACAUGCUCUGUUUUACCUCCUGCUUCUGGCUUCUGGUUUUGUUGUUUGUCAUCCUCUGAAUCAUGGGAGCAUACUGCAUUGCAUGCAAACGGUCUUGUACAGGGAAUG